GCCACGACCAAAUAAAUAAUAAGUGCAAUUAAUUUUUACCAUGCUGACUGCUGUGCACCUGCUUGCUUACUCGUAUGUUUUCGGAGCCACUUCGUUCCACUCAUUUGUGUCCUCUGUCAGAGCGUUCAAGGUCCUGCCCCGCAAGGAGUUUGGCCUCCUGCAAUCCAAGCUGUUCCCGAUCCACUUCCUGACGCAGUCGAUCGGCCCCGUGGUGGUCGGUCUCUCUGCACCAUACACGAUCCCAACCGUCGGAAUUGCAUUGCUGGCGGCCUCUUCGCUCUCAGGUCUCACCAAUUACUUGUGGCUGAUGCCAGUGUGCAACCGGCUGAAGACUGAACGCUUUGCGCUCGAGGAACUGCCAGAGAGCGAGAGAACUCCCGAGACCAACGAAAAAAUCGCAGCUUUGACCAAGAAGUUCGGCAAGUACCAUGGAAUCAGCCUCGUGUUCAACAGUCUGAGCGUCCUUACCCUUGCUGCCUACUCCUAUGUGUUCAGCACGCAAUUCCUGGUCAGAGCCCUUAAAUAGUUGUUUCGCGCAUAUUUCAGAACACCGAUGGAAAUAUGAGUGCCCCUACCUGUUUUGGAGAACGUUCCGUAGCCAGAAGAUCGUAGCUGAGCACUGCGCUCUUGGUGUCGCCUACUUCGAGCAUGAUCCCCAACUCGGAAAAGCGUCUUUUCGUGUCUGGGUGUAACAUCCGGUUGCUGAACCCAAGACCCAGCACAAACAGCUCGGGUUUUGGGUAGAGCGCCUCUAACAAGGGAAAGAGCUCAGUAGUUGUCAAAUCCAAUGGGCCUUUUUUGCUGAUGGACUUUGUGUUGAGCUCAAAUAUCUGGUUAUCCAACAACAGAGCAGCAACAAGAGUCCCUUGCCUGUUGGGCGAUCGCACAACCUUCAUGUUGGAGAAGAUAAUCGAGUCCUUAGAGAUCAUCUCGAUAUUGUUCUCAGGCACUGGAGAAGAGCCCAAAACGUCCAGGUUGGCGAGAUUGUUGCCCACAUUGGCCGGCCCAAACGACGAGCGUGCCCUCGCACAGCUUCUUUGCAGUUGUAGGGCCAGAAUCCUCCCCGUAGCCAUUUUCAUGAUUAUCAGAUAUUCCCCUC